GCCCGCGCGACAACUGCAUUUCGCCGCAUUCGUGUGCACGGAGCCCUUGUCCACGCCCCGGCGUUAUUGAACAGCUUUCUUCACCACCCGCUCACAACAAGCCGGGCCUUUUCGGAUCUCCGGGCAAGGAGAAAUUGGGGUUCAAGGGUUGCUGCGCUCCUAUUGCUGGUGCCGCUGGUGCUGCGACUCGCCGAGCACGAUAAAGGCUGGGACCGGUCCUGCUGUUUGAGCUUGCAACAACACGAUGGAAGAAGACGAGUCAUCAUCGGAGAGCGCUGCGUCGCCAGGGUUCUACCAGGAGGGGCCUGCGACGUCUGAUCGCGGCGAAGGAUCCGAGGGGGAAGAUGUGCACGAUAGUGACGUGCAAGAGCGGGAAGAGGAUGAUGACGAAGACGAAGAAUCAGAAGACGAGGGCUCGGAAGGUUCGGAUUCAGAAGAGGACCAGCCAGGCGGCGGCUUAAUCGAUCUGGAGGCUUCCGAGUCCGGCUCAAGUGAGGAUGAGAGCGAUGAUGACGAGGAGAAUGAGUACGGCGAGAGCUACAACGAAUAUUCUUCACGCACGUUCGAGCCCUUCAUGCGGCUCCCAGCCGAGCUGCGCGAGCGAGUUUGGGAGCUGUACAACCCGUACCUCAAGGAACGCAAGGGCCGGGUGCUCACAUGCGUCUUGAGCGACGGGUGGCAGCCGCGCAUCAUUGAGACGCAGGUCCUCAGCACCAUUAUGAGUCGGACCAACACCAUGCUCGGCGUGCACCACGAGACGCGUACCCUGGCGCUCCAGCACUUCCCGCACACGCUCAAGUCCGGCACCGAGUUCGGCCUCAUCCGCUUCCACCGCGACCGCGACAUCCUCUUCUUUUCGUUUCCAGGAGAGCCCGUCCCGCUCCACCGCUUCGACGUCACCAAGCUGUACGACAGUAUCGGCGAGUUCAGACACCUCGCCAUCGACUGUGCCGCCAUCACCCCGCUCGCCGAGUGGCUGGCCUCGCCGCAGGUGCGUGCACUCACGAGCCGCCUCGACACCCUGUACCUUAAUUACGAGGCCGUGGAAGUGCGCUCGCGCGACUUGCGGUGGUGCUUUUCGCUACCCACCAGGACUUUCUGCGUCGACACCGAGGAGGAGUCGGUCGGCAUCGGCGAGGACUCGGAGUACACGUACUGCUGGGUCGACCGGACUGAUCCGGCGUUUGACCGCGACAAGAUGGUCGCCGAGUGCGGGGAGCUCUACGACUGUUUCGGGCUCGAGGACGAGGCGGGGACCACGCUGCUGCCGAUGGCGGAGUUUGCGUUUCUUAAUGGCACCAUGCGGUACGAGAAGCUGGCGCAGCGUUACCGCGAUGGCUGGGAGACCGGCGUCGAGUUUAGCUCCGACGAGGAGGAGUCUGAGUCCGAGCCGGACGAGUACGAGAGCGAGGGCAUCGACGACGAUACGAUCGACGAGGACUCACCGGGUUCCGACGAUGAUGACGAUCUUGUUGUGCGGGAUGAUGCCGACUCGGACGAUGAGGAUGGCAGCAGGCCGCCGAGCAUCAGUGGAUCGGGUCCCUCUCCGAUCGAAAUUGAGGACGAUGUCAUGGAGGCUGCUGGAGAUGACGGCGACGACGGGGCGGUCGUCGCGCGGUUCUCCAGCAUUGAGGCGGAAUCGCCUGGUGAAGAAGGCGGUGGAUCCGCCUCAGAUGAUGACGACGAUGCCGAAGUGCCCGUCCAGCGAGCGAAGCGCGCAAAACGGCCCAGAGUCGUCGACUCGGACUCUGAGGACGGCAGCGAGCCUGCGGAGCAGCGCCCCAGGAAGAUGGCUCGACGUGUGCCGAUUAUUGUGUCAGACGACGAUUCUGAGGACGACGACAAGAACUCUGAUGACAGUGACGUACAAGAAGUUCCGGCGCCCUCGAGGAAGCGGAUGCGACGAGUCGCCCAGGAGUCGUCAGAGGUCGAAGAGGAAGACUCGGCAUCAUCGGAAGAGGAUGGAUCCGAGUCUGGCUCUGAGGAGCAGAGUGAAGACGAAGACGAUGGCGAAGACGACGAAGAGAAACCGCGCAGACCACAAACACUAGCCGAGCGACUCCGCCUGUUCCGCGACGACAACCCUGUUCCCGAAGGCGAGGAGCAGUUCGGAUCCGGUUCUGAAGACGACGAAUCGCGUGGAGGACACUACAAUGACGGAGAAAGUGAACGCGGAUCUGAUGACAUGGACGACGCCAGGGCCAAUCUGGACGGCGAGACGGGCAUGGACACGUUUGAAGCGGAGUGGGACGACGACGACGAGGCUGGGUAUUAAACCAAAGUUCAACGCAUGUGUUCGUCACACAUGGACGAACCCCAGCGAGAUCAAUGCGAAUGAUGAACCGAGCGCUACUAUGCUCGAGGGACCGACCCGGACCGGACGUCCCUUGUCUGGUAGUAGGCACGCGGGCGGGGAGGCAUGGCGUUGCCAUACUUCUCCACUGUCAUCGGACGUGCUGCGAGGGGCGCUGCCGACGACGAGUCCUGCACAAUCUCCCGCAAAAAAAGGGCGACAAUUCCAAAAGCCGACGAGCGGUGUGCGAAGAGGCCGCG